AUGAAAUCCAGAAAUCAAAGUGAAGCAGGAAUGUUCAUACUUUUGGGAUUUCCAAGCAGUAGGCAAUUUCAGUUACUUUUCUUUGGAAUAUUCUUUGCCAUCUAUAUCUUGACCAUUGCUACAAAUAUGCUCAUUAUUGGGAUUGUGACCUUGGAUUGUACUCUGAAGAAAAUCCCUAUGUAUAUAUUUUUAUCCCAUUUCUCUUUCCUUGAAAUCUGGUAUAUCACUUCUACAGUGCCGAAGAUGCUGGUGGAUGUUAUGACUGACAACAACACAAUUUCAUACAAUGGUUGCCUUGCCCAGGUCUACUUUUUCUAUGCAUUGGGAUUCACUGAACUAUUUUUCCUUUCUGUAAUGGCAUAUGACAGGUACUUAGCCAUAUGCCAGCCACUACGCUACAACACCCUUACUACCCCCAACCUAUGUCAGCAAAUGGCUUUGUGGUCAUGGAUUUGUGGAUUUUUGAGCAGUCUCUUAUUGGUCAUUCCUAGCUCAAAGCUCUUAUUUUGUGGUCCAAGAAUCAUUAACCACUUUUUUUGUGACUUCAUACCACUGUUAAAUAUCUCCUGCAAUCAAACUCUGCCUACAGAUGUAAUUUACUAUGCUUUUGCUUGGAUCAUCAUACUAUAUUCCUUUCUUCUAACCAGUAUGUCAUAUGUACAGAUUGUGAGGGCAGUGUAUUGCUUGCCUUCCCAGUUAGGUAGAAGCAAAGCUUUUUCAACAUGUGUGUCUCACCUAACUGUUGUCCUGACCUUCUAUGGCACAAUUAUCUUUAUGUAUAUCCGGUCCUCCACAAAAGUAGAUAAGGUUGUGUCUAUAUUUUAUGCAGUUGUAAUUCCACUAAUUAAUCCUCUUGUUUAUACUCUCCGAAGCCAGGUGUACGAGAUGCUAAAUGGUAUAGUAAAGAACAAGGCUCCCGGCAUAGAUGGCAUUCCAUUUGAGGUGUAUGCUCAAUAUAAAGAAAUAUUAAUUCCGAAACUGCUUAUGGUCUGGGAGUCAGCGAAGCAGGUGGGAAAACUGCCAGACUCUAUGCGGGAAGCCUUGAUCACACUUAUUCUAAAGCCAGGGAAGGACCCGGCCUUGAUGGACUCGUAUCGCCCCAUUUCACUGAUCACUACAGAUAAAAAUAUUAGCUAA